UAUAGCUUGUUAGUAUGGUUGAUUACUGCGCAGUGUUAGAGUCUUUAAGUCCAGGUUUAAAUUUCUAAUGGCUGGUUUGCUAAGUAUGUAUGAAAUGCAUUGCUUCAGACGUAGAUCCCUAUAUCCCCUCACAAUUCAGCUGCAAAAGAUCAUCUCGGUUCUAGUGCAUUCUAGUGUUGCACUACUCUCAUUAUGCUUCGCUUAUCAGCGCUGUUAAUGGACGAUGGCAAUGAAUAUUGUUGUGAGCAGUGAGAUGUUGGAUAUGGCAUUUUCGGCUAUCUACUGUAGUAAAUCUAAUUGCCAUUAACGUACAUAACCGCACAUGCUGCGUCAAAACGUUGUACGCACUGUGACGUAACAAGGGCUGUCCGUAUCACCCAUCGUCUGCACAAAACGGUCAUGUUGCACGUGUUAUCAUGUCGAACGUCUCUUCCUACGGAAACUAUCGGGUAAUGCAUCAUUGUAGACAUAGGCUACUAUCGGAAGUUUUGUUUUUUUUGUUUUUUUUAUAUGGUGUCUUCAAUAAAGUAAGUUCAGGCCGGGUGUAUCGGAACGCGUACGUCAUGAACACGGUGAACGAUGCCCUCACGGGGUAACACGUGUCUGGAUGCAAAGCACAACCUUGAUCGAAGCGUCAGAAACGCAUCCGACCACAUGUAAGCCAUGGGUUCACUAAUUGCAAACACAUUUGGAGGUAGUUCAUGCCGAUACUAUCCACAUAUCGCUGGUACCGCGAUCUGAUUGCGACCAUCGUCGAUAACGACCGUUUUGCUCGGCCAACAGUGAAAGGACAGCGAGCGAAAUGGGAAUUUGUAUAUAAAGCUCGCAGUAUCCAUCGCAGCAGUUACAGUUCGCCAUCGGCAGCUCAUUUCUUCAGGUCUCACAGUACUACCUACUAGCUGCCCACAAGCGAAAGUCUAACCUCACCCACUCAGCACUACUCAGUACGGCAAUGUACCUUCCACUCUUCCUGGCUGUCGCGCUGGCAGCUGUGCUGACCAGCGGACAACAACCGUGUGAUCCAUCCGUUACCUGUCCCACGUUCAACUGUCAUCCACAUCCGAAUUGCCCAGCCAGGGAUCCACUUCAUCCAGUGCAGCUUCCGCACAGUGACUGCAGCAAAUUCUACAAGUGUAGCGGUGGCAAUGCCUGCGAACAGCUCUGUCCCGUCGGUUUACACUAUAACUCACGCGAACAGUCGUGCGAUUGGCCUAACAGAGCCUGCUGCGAUCCGAGCGUUGAAUGCGGACCCGGUGAUUUCCCACCGACCAACUGCGUACCCAACGCGAACUGUCCCGCCACGUCGCAAGAUACGAUCCUGCUGCCGCACAACAACUGUGCGAUGUUCUACAAGUGUUCCGGACCAUUCGCUUGUCCGAUGAACUGUCCGCCACAGCUACACUUUAACCCGAAGCAGAACGCUUGCGAUUGGCCCGAGCGUGCCUGUUGUGAUCCGACCGUUCCAUGCGAUCCAUGCAUUCCCGGCGUUACUUGCCCACCAACGGGACCUACACCUGCUCCCACGCCUGCUCCCACACCUGCUCCCACUCCAGCUCCUACUCCAGCUCCCACUCCAGCUCCUACCCCAGCUCCCACACCAGCUCCCACACCAGCUCCCACACCCGCGCCCACACCCGCACCCACACCCGCUCCUACUCCAGCUCCUACCCCUAUUCCAACACUACCGGACACGCCAUGUGAUCCUUCGGUCACCUGUCCACUAAACUGUGUCGAGGAUAUGCGCUGCCCACCACGUGACGGUACCAAACCGGUACUGCUACCGAGCACUAACUGCGCCAAAUUCUACAAGUGCCAAUCCGGACGAGCCUGCGAGUUUGACUGUCCGAAUGGGCUGCAUUUCAACUCAAAGGAAAUGGUGUGCGAUUGGCCGCACCAAGCCUGCUGUGAUCCAACCAUCCAGUGCGUACCGGCCUGCAUUCCUGGUGUCACCUGCCCAUAAGCAGUGAUCAAAUGAUACUGCUUAUAUGAGCAUGAGUCACACUAUAUACAUACGUAUAUACAUACACAUAAAAAAACAUGAUAGUGAGCAUUGUGAUUCCCUAUGAGGCGUAUCAAUAAAAUAGAGCAAAUGUGAAUGAAAGGGUGUUUGUCGGUGUCCAUUAAAUCCCCAGCAGUAACUCUCUAUUACAGUAGAAAAGUCCGCACAACCUUGCGAAGUGGCAAAUGAAGGAAAAUCCUUGAGGAUUUAAAACCUCAACGGACAACGCGAAUGACUAUCGGUCAAUUGGAAGGUACUCGAUAAGGAC